AUGGCGGAACCGGAAGAACUCGAGGAGGAUCUCUUCGCUGAUCUUUAUGACGCCGAUGAAUCGACCAAUCGCGCAACUUCUGCGGUAGAGACCGCAAAGCCUGCCGAACCCGCUGCUUCGGCUAUCCCUGCAGAGCCUACUGGAGAUGCGCCUAUCCAGAGCUACGAGGACUCGCAUGUCGAUACAUACCCUGCGCAAGCCCCUUCUCAGAUGGAGUACGGCAUGGGCUAUCAGAAUGGUCAUAAUGGCGCCUCCGCUACCCCCGUACCUGCUCCGGCGGAUAACGACAAUCAUGGAACGGGAAUCAAGGAAGAUGGGAAAAUGUUUAUCGGUGGCUUGAACUGGGAAACAACAGAUCAAUCUCUUCGGGACUACUUCUCGCAGUUCGGUGAUGUUCAAGAGUGCACUGUCAUGCGAGAUAGCGCUACUGGCCGUUCGCGUGGCUUUGGUUUUCUGACCUUCCGGGACCCUAAAACUGUGAACACGGUGAUGGUGAAGGAGCAUUACCUGGAUGGCAAGAUUAUCGAUCCCAAACGUGCCAUUCCUCGUGAUGAACAGGAGAAGACUAGCAAGAUAUUCGUCGGCGGUGUCAGCCAAGAGGCAACCGAACAGGACUUCAAGCAGUUCUUCAUGCAAUUCGGCCGUGUGAUCGAUGCCACUCUCAUGAUCGACAAGGAUACUGGACGUCCCCGUGGAUUCGGUUUCGUGACUUUCGACAGCGAAGCCGCCGUCGAAAAUGCUCUCUCUCGGCCGCUUGAGAUCUUGGGUAAAACCAUCGAGGUGAAGAAAGCUCAGCCCCGUGGUAACCUGCGAGACGAGGACCGAGGCCGUCGCGGCGGCCGUGACAACUUCCGCGACAUGAGCCAAGGAGACAACGCCCAGCAGCAGGGAGGACAGCAAGGCAUGACCGGUGGCAUGACUCCCCAAAUGAUGGCUCAGUACUGGCAGCGUAUGCAGCAAUACUUUGCUAUGAUGCAGCAACAGAUGGCUGUGGCCGCAGCUUCGGGCCAAGGCGGCAUGAACCCCGCCAUGAUGCAGGGCAUGAACCCUGCUAUGAUGCAGCAAAUGCAACAGAUGCAACAGAUGCAAAUGAAGCAGCAAAUGGGUGGUGGCAACCAGCAACAGGGUGGCAUGAGCCCCAACCCGCAAAGCCCCGGUUCUCAACAGAACAUGCAAAACAUGAUGACCCCGGCCAUGAUGCAGCAGAUGCAAAACCAGGCCCAGGGCGGUGGCAACGGUGGUGCUAGCCCCGGUCCCAAUGCCAACUACAACCGCCAGUCAGGCAGUGCUUCCGGUGCUGCUGGUGCUGCUGGUGCUAACGCCCCGGGUGGCCCCGGCUACAAUGCUCAGGAACAGAUUGCCUUCGAGCAGCAGAAGUACGAGCACCAGCAGGUUCGCCGCGCCAUGGAGAAUCGUGCCUUCUCGCCCUAUCAGCAGGGUGGCCCAACCUCGUGGGAGGGCAUGUACGACGAGGUGCCUCAGCCUAAUAUUCCCACUGGACCUCAAGGCAUGGCUCGCAGUGGCAGCAUGGGACGCGAAUCGGGAUCCACUCCCCAGCCGAGCGCUGCUCCGGCCAACGCCCCUACUGGUCCCCGGAACGCCGGCAAGCCCGGUGCUAACUAUCGCGGGGGUGGUCGUGGAGGACAAUCUCGUGGUUACCACCCCUACUCUCGUUAG